GCGGUGAUCCAGGGCGCGUUCACCAGCGAGGAGCAGGUGGACUCGGAGGCGGCUCCCAGCGAGACCCACUACACCUACUUCCCUGCCGCGGGCGUGGCCGACGGCGCCGCCGCGCACCCCGCCCUCCAGCCGGCCACCGCCGUGGUCACCACGCAGAGCUCCGAGGCGCUGCUGGGCCAGCCCACGCCCACAGGGCAGUUUUUCGUGAUGAUGUCACCACAGGAGGUGCUCCCGGGGGGGGCCCAGCGCUCCAUCGCCCCCCGCGCACACCCCUACUCCCCGAAGUCGGAGGCUCCCCGAGCCACGCGGGAUGAGAAGCGCCGGGCACAGCACAACGAAGUGGAGCGCCGGCGCCGGGACAAGAUCAACAACUGGAUCGUGCAGCUGUCCAAGAUCAUCCCCGACUGCUCCAUGGAGAACACCAAAUCCGGACAGGUCCGGGGCCUCGGGUCGGGCUUUGGGGUUUGGGAUGAUUUGGG